CUGCUGUAUUCAGUAAGUAUGUCACCCAGAGUUUAUGUGCCACUGAUCGUUGGUUCCUAUGCUGGUGGCAUUUUACAUGCCACAGUACAUUCUGUGGCCACAUUUACCCUGUCCUUCUGUGGAUCCAAUGAAAUUAGGCACAUUUUCUGUGACAUCCCUCCUCUCCUCGCUAUCUCCUGCUCUGACACUCACACAAACCAGCUUCUACUCUUCUACUUGGUGGGCGCCAUUGAGGUGGUCACGAUCCUGAUUGUCCUGAUUUCCUAUGGCUUCAUCCUGCUGGCCAUUGUGAGGACGCGUUCUGCUGAAGGGAGGCGAAAAGUGUUCUCCACGUGUGGCUCCCACCUCGCCGGAGUGUCCAUUUACCACGGGACAAUCCUCUUCAUGUACGUGAGGCCAAGCUCCAGCUACGCCUUGGAGCACGACAUGGUGGUGUCCGCAUUCUACACCAUCGUCAUUCCCAUGCUGAACCCCGUCAUCUACAGCCUGAGGAACAAAGACGUCAAAGAGGCGAUGAGAAAAUUUGCUGAGAGAAAGUGGUUUGUAACUAAAGUGCAUUUUUGGAAUUUUAACCCCAAAUAA